AUGUACACUGAUAGACUCCCUUCUCAAAUUGAACUUAAUCACAAUCUUGAAUCGCUUCCAUGGAAAAUCCAGACGACAUCAUCGUCCAUCUCUCCCGAUGCCAAAGCCCUAACGAUUUCUCAUUUCUUUUGGGCUGUUCAAGAGUUAUAUAAUCAGCCAAGACUGACUCUAAGAGAGCAACUAAGCAGGUUACAGGGAUGA